AUUCUAUUUAAUUUAUUUCGAGGGCGCAUCGUUAUCAGAAAGCUUGAUCGAGGCAGUUUAGAACAUGGCGUCUCGAGAAAGCGCCCGUGAGCUCGUGAAGAGCAUCACUAGAGAGCAGGGCUUUCUGGGCGAAGAGGUUCUUGGCCGAAUGGAUCCCGACACACGCCGGCAGGUGGAAGAAGCAAUGCUCAGGAAAGAUGAAAUGAUCGGGUCUUCUGUCAUGACGCUAGCCAAGAAUCUCUACAACAGCAGCGCGAGAUUCGUCUUUGAGAUGUUACAGAACGCAGAUGACAACAGCUACACCAGAGCUAGAGCACGAUCCGAGGUCCCCUUUGUGUCUUUUCGUGUGUAUCCUCGACGGAUCGUUGUCGAGUGCAACGAGGACGGCUUCACGUAUGAGAAUCUGGUCGCUGUUUGCGAUGUUGGCAAAAGCUCCAAGUCCGGAGCGCAGGGGUAUAUCGGUGAGAAAGGAAUCGGGUUUAAAUCCGUGUUUAUGGUGGCAUGGAAGGUGCACAUUCAGUCGGGCGAGUUCUCCUUCUGCUUCCAGCAUAAAAUGGGCGAUUCGGGAAUGGGAAUGAUAUCGCCAAUUUGGCAAGAAGCAGAAGAUCAGCCACCGGGCUCUUUGACGCGUAUUACCCUCUUUUUGCACGAGGCUGGGUCAGAUGAGAUUCUAUCGAAGCAGCGAGAGACGACACUUCGCCAGUUUGAAGAUCUUCGAGCUACCUUUCUGCUUUUUAUGAAGAACCUCGGAAAAAUCGAGGUAAAGGUGUACGACAUGGAGGAAGUAUCUUGGACCAUUUAUUCUAUGGAACAUCAAUCGGAAAGUCAUGUCAAGCUCAGGAAGAAUACAAUCCAGGAUGGGAAGACCAGGGAAGUAACUCAACACUUUCACAUAACGAAAGAAACGGCCAUCGGUCUUCCAAAAAGCGAGAAUCGAACUUAUACAGAUGCUGAGCUGUCAAACCACGCAUGCUCACAAGCUGAAAUUGUCCUCGCAUUCCCAUUGACUCCGGAUUCCAUUCCCAUUAUUGAGGCACAGGAGGUCUUCGCUUUUCUUCCCAUCAGAAAUAUGGGAUUUCCAUUCUUGAUCCAAUCUGAUUUCGUCACCGAUGCCAGUAGACAGGAUAUUGUGAGAUCCUCGGCUCGCAAUCUCGGCAUGCUGAAUUGCAUUGCACAGGUAUUUGUUAGAGCCGUAUCACAAUUCUGCCAGCACCCUACUCUUCGCUAUCAAUGGAUGCGAUAUCUCCCUCAAGCUAAAGGGCAUUCUUGGGAUAGCUUUUGGGUCAAGCUAGUCGAUGACAUCCGUGAUCGUUUGAAAGUUAGUCCAGUUCUGUGGGUCAAGAGCCACAGCCAACUCAGAUGCAUUACAGACAUUCGACGGAUUCCAGCCGAAAUGCUGGACAGAAAUGGUGAUCCCUUGUUACCGGAUUUGGAGCUAGAGCAAUAUCCUGCUUCCGAAUACUUCGCCAAGGACUUGGAUCUAUUGAAAGGCCGUGGGCUCGUCGCAAUGGGACCCAACUCGUUUAUCAGUAGGGUCCGUCAGGAUCUGAAUCGGGGUCAGUCUUCGAUGAUACGGUCCCAGACCGAUGAUGAUUGGCACUAUCGUGUCGCGAGAGUCCUGGUUUCUGCCUGGUCAAAGCCAGAGAGGCGGAAAUCGAUCACGAGUCUCCAAUUGAUUCCAUUGAUAGGCGGGACAUGGAUAUCCGCCCUAACCAUGGAGACCGAAUCCAUUUGUUAUUCUCAUUGCAAUGGCUAUCAAAUCCCCACUGGCCUCGGUCUCAAACUGGUGGAUCCACAAUCUGAAAGGGACCCUUAUCGGAAACAGCUUUUUGAUCUUUUCGGUGUCGAGGAGCCAGAAGUUGCUAAGAUUCGCUGGAUGAUUAUAUGCUUCGGCCGCGUGUUUGAUAUGUCACUUCAGAGGUCGCGAAAGCUAUUGAGAUUUCUUUACUACACGGCUCAUCUUGACAAGUCCCAUGACAGCCCAUCUCACUACACCGGAUUCGGGUUAAUGGACCAUCUGCUCAGGAAGAACCCACUGAAGCCCGAUAGUCUCUUCUUCCCUGGAAAUGAUCCUUAUAGCGCCGAACAACUUCUAACGCGUGUGCAACCGAUGGGGUCUCAUGAUGGCGCCCCGGGAACCGAUGUAUCAAUCCUUCAUCCCCAUUACAUGGAGGACGGUCCGACACAGCCAGCAGAUGAGAAUCGAACCUGGAAGGCAUGGCUAGCCCAGUCGUGCCUUGUUCGUGAUGUGAUACCCUUCACUCUCUGCGGCGUUUUGAGUAACGAGUUCGUCUUCAUCGCGAGGCAUCGCCCAGAGAGUUUCUUAGGUUUCUUGGUCAAGUAUUGGCAAUUCGAGGGCGCCAAUGUUCUAGAAAACCAGGACUUGGUUAACCAGGUACUGGCUAUCGAGGUACCCUGUGAGAAAGGGAACAUGUAUCCGCUGGGUAAAGCAUACAUCCCAGCUACCGAACUUGAUUAUGCCAGAAGGUUCCUUGAAGAAGGCGAGUUCUUCCCAUGGCUCCAGCUUGACUCUUCACUGUGCGAUUCUACGUGGCUUGCUGAGCUGGGAAAGAUAGCAAGAGCAUUGGGAUUUGGCUAUCCACAGUCGGAGCUCGAAUUUUAUCUCACAGUUCUGCGAUUCAUCGCCAGUGCCAACAAGGAAGGUGGUGAUCCUCCGGUGAAUGUUGGCCGGAUAUUUGACAUAUACAGUCGAAUCGAAGCCCGAUAUCAUGAGUCCAAAACUCCAAGUAUUUCCCGCGAAAUGAUUUGCAAGGCAUUCGACGGAGAUUGCCUGAUCUAUAUACCUCCCCGUGAUUUUGAUGAUGCAUGUUGGGUUUCUCCUACAUCUUGUGUCUGGGAAGCGCCUGCAUACAUGAGAUGCAGGUUCCCUUUGAAAUCACUGUACGACACUGUUAAUAAUCGAAGAUAUAACAAAGAACUCUUUCAUGAGACUCUGGGCAUACCGAAUGCGGAUAUCUUCGACUUGCUAGAGGAGUUGGAUAACAUGGGUCUUCAAGAAUACGGUACUGUUGAUCAGAUCUACAACCUAUACGAGGAAAUAGAUACGAGGCAAGUCCACAUGGAUAGCGAGGAGAAGCAAAAAGUCCGGGACCAUUUCGAAAAUGACCGCCUCGUCUAUUAUGGAGACGAUAAUGGUGGCAAUUGGUACCGAACCUCCGAAUGCCUAUGGUCGAGCGUCACCGACAUCAAAGGGAUGGUGGCCCUCAACGACCAGUACGAAGACCUUGCUGAAUUUUUCAUCGAGCUCUUGGGUGUCCGUACCCUGACACUUGAACUGGUCCAUGAUAAACUAAUUGAUCAGGGAAGAGAGCAAGCGCCAAUCAACGAUGUAAAAGAAACCAUAUGGCUACUCAAUUCCUACCUUCAAGGCGAGGAGGAGCUUCCCAGUCCGUCGCAGAUCCUUGAAAGCAAGGUCUUCCCCGUUCGGCAUCCUAGUGGGAGUAUAGAAUUGUGCAGCCCCUUGGUGGACUUCACUAUCAUCGACCGCAAACACCUGGCGGGAUGGUUCUCUGGCAAAGCCAAAUUUCUCGAUUUCGAUCUCAACGAUAUUCCACGGCUGUCGCCAUUCCUGGAAUGGACAGGACUGGAGGCGCGCUAUCUAUCAUCAUCUGUGAAAGAGAUCUCAGCACUUUCUGGUGACUUUUACAGAACUCUAACAUCGCCAGACAGAAACAUAGCUCAAAAGGCACAUGGCUUGCUCCGAAUUGCGGUACAUUUCAACAGCCCCCGAGCGCUGAAAAAAGAGCAAUCGUUUUACGAGCUACUCAAGAAGAUCGAAGUCUGUGAAACAGACGGAAUCACCUCCGAGCUACAUCUCAACCAAGAUGGUAAGGAUAUCAAAGUGGAAGUGAGCAGGAGCGAACUGCACCUCCACGAGAGUGAGGGUGGACUGAGAAUCUACGUCCCCGGGGAUGAAGAGUCUCAGUAUUUAUGCUUUCAUGAUAGGAUACCCCAGGCUCUUCUGGAAUGGAUGUUGACUGAGCCGUCCACUGGGAUCUGCGAACCAUUGACUGAUAGGGCCCUGAACGUGAUGCAGAGUAUCCUACAGGCACAGAAUAAAUAUGUUGCAAUGACACUCGACAGAGCUGGUAUUGUCUCGGUUGAAAUACCGGAUGAUUCCCAAAAUGUCGAGCUGGAUGCUGCUACCAACCAGAUCAAUGACACACGAUCUGCUAGUCGCAACAGUGAAGACACAUUAAUUGGGGAUACACUCAAUCCAGCAACCCAUGGAUUAUCAUAUGAUGCAAGUGAUGUCCAUAGGAUUACGGGUCCAUUUCGGGGGCCAUCGCGUUCGCCUCUUGUAGCGAACAACUAUACAUACACGCCACAAUCGACACCUGGUUCAAUCGUUCUCACACCACCUCAGCCUGAGGUAGAUAUGGAAUAUCGAAACCUCCUUUAUAGGACCGUUAACACGGCCAGAAAUACCGUCUUCCCUACUCGAAGUUCUUUUGAUAUGGGAACGCUCAAUCACUCCCUUGAUGCUUCUAUUUCUGAAAGGAACGACAUUUUCCGCCUUCGCAACUCGGAAAGGAUUGAAAGAGACAAGAAAAUUGGAGCAGCGGGUGAAUUGUUUGUCUUUGAAAUACUGUCCCACCUAACCCCAAGCCUUCCACAAUUCUCUCGUGAUAACUGGGAAAGUACGAUUCGAAAGUACGUGAGGCUUCACGAUGAAUAUACCAAUAUGGGGUCAUGGAACGGACGGGAAACCUUGGAUAUAACGUAUACCGACCAUGAAGGCGUUCUCACCUCACUGCUUAUCGAGAAGAACUACUUAUGCCCAGACGCCUGGACGGGGAGACGACCUAGAUACUAUCUCGAGGUGAAAUCAACAACUUCAUCAUGGGAUGCGCCUUUCUAUAUGAGCAAAAACCAGUAUGAACGGAUGCAAACCCUUUCCCGCGGAGACUCGGGUGCUCCACCCAUGGAUUCCGUGUACAUCAUAUUCCGAGUCUUCAACCUAGGCCUGGAUUCAAUGGGCAUGAAAAUCUUUGUGGAUCCAGGCCUUAUGAGAGAUAACGGCGAACUUUCAUUUACGGCGGAGGCCUGGUCGAUUGUACCGGGGGAUAAUUUCCGCGAGGGGAGAUCAACCCUUUAGAGAGGGUCAAGAAUAGGCAAUGGAUUGAGAUUAGACUGCACUAUCUCGCGACAUUUGAAUUCAAGUAUAUUGUAUAUAACAAUAUAAAAAGCUGGAAAUCUCAGCUCUGCCAUCUAUAUACUUC